UUUUAGUUCUUCAGAGGACAUGGAUGAAAAUGAAAGCAACCAGUCCCUGACCACAAGCAGCCAAUAUCCUAAAGAAGCAGUAAGAAAACGCCAAAAUUCAGCACGGAGUUCUGGCGCAAGCGAUUCUUCGAGGUUUUCCAGGAAGAGUUUCAAACUGGAUUACAGACUAGAGGAAGAUGUAACUAAAUCAAAGAAAGGAAAGGAUGGGAGAUUUGUUAACCCUUGGCCAACAUGGAAAAAUCCCUCUAUUCCAAAUGUUCUCAGAUGGCUGAUAAUGGAAAAAGAUCACAGCAGUGUUCCGGGUUCCAAAGAGGAACUUGAUAAAGAACUCCCAGUGCUUAAGCCAUAUUUUAUUGAUGACCGUGAAAAAGCUGGAGUGAGCGAAGCUGGCUUACGAGUCACGUGGCUGGGCCACGCAACGGUCAUGGUGGAAAUGGAUGAGCUCAUAUUUCUCACGGAUCCUGUCUUCAGCUCUCGUGCCUCACCGUUGCAGCACAUGGGUCCGAAGCGUUUUCGUCGGCCCCCGUGCACUAUAAGUGAACUCCCCAAGAUAGAUGCGGUCCUUAUCAGCCACAACCACUAUGACCACCUGGACUACAGUUCCGUCAUUGCUUUGAAUGAGCGAUUCGGGAAUGAGUUGAGAUGGUUUGUGCCUUUGGGUCUCCUUGACUGGAUGCAAAAAUGUGGCUGUGAGAAUGUGAUUGAGCUGGACUGGUGGGAGGAGAACUGUGUCCCCGGACAUGACAAGGUCACCUUUGUCUUUACACCUUCCCAGCACUGGUGUAAAAGGACUCUAAUGGAUGACAACAAGGUUCUGUGGGGCAGCUGGUCUGUCUUGGGGCCUUGGAAUCGAUUUUUUUUUGCAGGAGACACUGGUUAUUGCCCUGCUUUUGAAGAGAUAGGAAAAAGAUUUGGGCCUUUUGACCUUGCUGCUAUUCCCAUCGGAGCAUAUGAACCAAGGUGGUUUAUGAAAUACCAGCAUGUGGACCCCGAAGAAGCUGUAAGGAUUCACAUUGAUGUUCAAGCAAAGAAAUCUGUGGCAAUUCACUGGGGAACUUUUGCCUUAGCAAAUGAGCAUUACUUAGAGCCUCCAGUGAAACUGAGUGAGGCUCUAGAAAGAUAUGGACUUAAGACCGAAGAUUUUUUUGUCUUGAAGCAUGGAGAAUCAAGAUAUCUUAAUACUGUUGAAAACUGAAUAAAUAUGAGCACAGGAUCUUUUAAUGAAAAAGGCAUCAUCUGAUAUAUCUUUGAAAGACUAAGAAAUUCAUGAAUAUGAUUUUUCAAAUUUGGAAACGACUUCUACAAGUUUGUGUUUUAUGUUUUGUGUAAUAACUUGCUUACUAAUAUGAUUGCCAGUUCAUACAAACAAGAGUUCAGGGGUGGGUCAUUUAAGUAACCAAUUGGCUGCUAUGGAUUUUAAAUCAUGUCUGUAGUACAAGCAUUGCAGUGGGAUUUUUUUUUUUUUUUUUACUAAAGCAUUAUACUUUAGUGGUAGAAUUUUGAGGUUAUGAAAAACUGAUUUUAAAGACUCAUUUCUGUUCUUCUGUUCUUAAGGGCCUUCUACAAGGGGAGUCAAGGCUGUCUACCUACCUAGAUUUUUGUCAGAGGCCUGCACAUAUCAACACUUCUUAUAUUCACAUUAGAGUAAAUGAUGAAAUUGAUGCUCAAGUGCUUAUAGCAGCUCUUGCUCUAUCAAGGUUAGUUUGUGUGCCAAAUGUUAAGUGAUUUAUUUUUUUUAAGCAUAAAAAUACAGGAGUUUGGGCUAAGUUAUUUUUAAAGACUUAAUUUUUUAAAAGAGGGGAACAGUUUAUUCUAUUGCAUGUCUAUAAUCCCUAAAUCAAAAGCACUCUGAGCUGGGCAGAGGAAGAGAAAGAGUAUGCUAUGAGAAAAUAAUUUAUGCAAUUUUCUAUUUUUAAUCUAAAAGUCAGAUCUGCUAAGCACAAAUAUAGCUGCAAGGAAAUAUUUUACAAAGAUAAAUGCAGAUCUUAAGUGUUAAUAGACCAUAUACUUUGAAUUAAACUUUAUUGUCUCUAUAUACCAUUUUCUCAUCUGGUUUCUUAGCUCUAAAUAUAUCAAUGAGAUCUACAAAUAUUUUAUGUUUUACAUGAUUCAAAUGUCUUAUAUUUUUAUAUUAAAUGACCCCUAAGCAUGAUUCUUUUAUUAAGCCAGUGUGGAACGCUAGUAGUAAAAAAAAAA